UCAUGAUUCACUAAUUCCAACAUACUUUUCCGAUAGGACUUCAACACAUAUAUCACUUUCGUCUUCUAUCCGUUCACAUAUCUACUCUCUGUUUUGAACCUAUUGUCGUCGAAAUUUUAACCCCUCACCUAAAAAGAUCCAUCGUAUUUUCGCCACCAUCAAAAUUCUACAUGCAUCUAAGCUAGUGGCGGUGCCAUUGUCUUUCUCUUUCUCUAUCAAAUUAAUGUCAUUGCUUAAUAGAAGCAAAUCUAUGAAACUGUUUCUCUCUCACUUAAUCCUCAACCCCAUUAUUUAUCAACAAUCCAUUAGAUUAGUUAGAAGUUUUAACUCAUGGUCUCUUGCCAUUAGAAAUGCUUCUUCACCCCACAAAGCACUUCACCUUUACUCCCAGAUGCACCGCUUGUCCCUCCCCUUCGACACCUUCUCUAUCCUCUUCACUCUCAAAUCUUGUACCCAUUUGCAGAACCUUCCCCUGAUCCGUCACCUCCACUCCCAUCUCCUGAAACUCGGCUUCGACACCCACGUCUACGUUGCAACUUCCCUUCUACAAGCGUACGUUGGGGCCUCGUCUGACGAUGCCCAUGCCCUGUUCGAUGAAAUGCCCGAGAGGAACACGGUCACGUGGAAUACGAUGGUUUCAGGCUAUUCAAAAUCGGGUAAUGUUGAAAAGGCGCGGAAUUUGUUUGAUGGAAUGCCUGUGAGGGAUGUUGCCUCGUGGUCUGCAAUGAUCGCGUGUUACAUGAGUAAUGGCCUUUGGGAGAAUGGGUUAGUACUCUUUCGUGAAAUGUUAUUGCUCGAGGAUUUAAAACCAGACCGAGUGACAUUGUGUUCGAUUUUAGCGGGAUUUUCUCACAUGGGUUCGAUAGGAUUGUUGGGAAAAUCGGUUCAUGCAUAUACGCUGAAAAACGGUUGGGAGUUGAACGCGGAACUUGGUACUGUUCUUGUGGUCAUGUAUGUCAAGUGUGGAUAUCUUAAGAAUGCUAGUCAUGUAUUCAGUUUGAUGGAAGGCAGGAACGUAGUGUCAUGGACUGCUCUGAUUUGUGGAUCAGCACAACACGGAUAUGGCAAAGAAGUGUUGUCUAUUUUCGAUAUGAUGAAACAAGCCGGUGUUAGACCAAAUGAAUUGACAUUCACAGGGGUUCUUACUGCUUGUGCACGAGCAGGGUUGGUGGAGGAAGGCCACGGAUACUUCAGAAUGAUUGAGGGAUACGGAUUGAAGCCUACAAUUCAGCACUAUGGGUGCAUGGUCGACAUGUUUGGGAAGGCGGGGCUGUUGGGGGAAGCUUACGAGGUCAUUAGAACGAUGAGACUUAAACCUAACGUCGUUGUUUGGGGUUCGUUUUUGUGCUCGUGUAAGCUGCAUAAGCAAUUCGAGAUGGCGGAGAGAGUGUUUGAUCAGGUUAUGGAGACGGUGAAACCUGAAAACGACGGAGGGGUUUAUACUCUUAUUUCUGAUUUGUAUGUUUUGAGUGGAAAAUGGGAUGAUGCAGAAAGAGUGAGGAAGUUGAUGGUAAAUCAAAAUGUCAAGAAGACAAGAGGAUCUAGUUUCAUCAGAAGUGGAGCAGGGUUUUAGAAAACUUGCGUUUGACAUAACUUUAGGUCACUUGGCUUAUUUUUGUUUUUUGUUCAAAAUUUAGUUUUGAACCGAAUAGUAAUAUUUUUCGAUUCGUCGAUAUCCACAAAGUGAAAAUUUUAG